AUGACCGAGUUCACGCCGAUCAAGGCGGGGGCAUUGGACUGCGUCGUCCCCACUCCGCUCGACGCGGACCCGGACGGGAUCCCGACCGUGGAGAAACCGGAGGUGAAACCUCCGGCGUCGAACUCUGACACCGCGCCGGACGGCUCCGUAGUAUCGACGGACCCGACAUUCGACGGCGCGUUCCUGGACGUCCACAUGGCGCCCACGGAGUUCCACUUCAAAUUUAAAGGCCAGUUCACUUUGUUGUUCCUGAAAGUCACGAUCGACAUCUCGAUCAAAACCGGCUCCGCGGACGAAGGCGGCGGGAUCCACGCGUACUUUGGGUUCGCGAUGGUGGAUCCGAGUAGCGGAAAAGAUAUCUGCACGGUGUUUGGGACGUUCGACCUCACGCCGCUGGAUUUCAAAACGCUCACUUCGCCAUCGAUCUCCGCGUUGCUCGGGACGAAGGUCAUGAUGGGGCUCGGGUUCAAGCCGGAUAUGAUUAACAACAUCAUCGCGUCGAUGGAGCCUCCGGUGAAGACUGCCAUCGAGCUUUUUCUUAGACCGAUCACGUGGACGAUCUCGAAAUCGCUCGCGGUCUUGACCUCUUUGAUCGACGAACUCGAGAAGGCGUUGAAGGCAUACCACAAAGUCGUGGACAAGGUCGAGAAGAUCUUAAGAGAAGAAUUCGCGAAGGCGUUGGAUAAAAUCACCCAGGCGCAGAAGAAGCUCCAAGAACUCGAGAACCAACGGACGUAUCUGAAACGUCGGAUCGAUCAUUACUACCCGAUCGCGCACGAGCCGUGCAGUCCGCACUGGGGCAAGUGCUGCUGCUUUAAGGUUUUCGGUCACAGGAUCUGUUUACCCGCGAUUUACUUCACGAACAGCGGGUGCUUGGGGCGUCUCCCGCAGAGAAUCGGGGCACUCAUCAUCAUCGGUGUUUGCGAAAUCGCGCGCGCGGCACUGUGGCUUUUCAAAAAAGCCGCGAACGCGCUGCUAGAACUUGCGAAGAAGAUCGUCAAAGCCGCGAUGGACGUCAUCAUCGCGCUUCUGAAAAUCCCGGAGGGCAUCUUACUCGCGGCGAAGGCGGCGUUGGAAGUCGCCGCCAAGGCGAUCGCGUUGGCCAUCAAACCGUUCGCGCAAUUCGACAUCUUCAAGCCGUGCAUCGGGUGCAUACGCUUCGACGACUCGUGCUUCUGGGCCGCGUUCCACAAGUGCCAGCUCCUCAGGAUCUUUGAGAUUGCGUGCUCGAUGGCGUACUCACCGGGCAUCGUCGCGUUCGACGCGGUUUUCCACAUCAUCGUCUUAAGCAAAGACAUCGACAUCGAGGUGCACUUUUCCAUGUCCAUCUCCGCGCUGCUCGAUUUCUUCAAGGACUUCGUGAUGAAAGUGAUCAAGGACAUGAUGAAGGCGCUCAUAGACGCGUUCACGUGCGACACGUCCGUGAAGUCGUACUCGGACGAGUCCGGCGACGCGAAGGACGCAAUCAACAAUCACAUCCACGAGAUGGAAGCGAAAGCCGCGAACGCGCAAAGCGCGACUGAGAACCAAGCCGCGAACGCGCCCACGUCCGCCGCGCUCGGGCUCGGGUACGCCGCGACGGGCGCGGGCAUCGUCGCCGCGCUCGCGUCCCUCGGCGGGCCUCGCGUGGAGGUCCCACACGACGCGGCAGGGAACCACGUCGUGCGCGAGAUUCGCGGUGGCGGCGUGCACUCGAAGCUGUGGCAUCCGAGAGCGAGCGAGGGCGGCGGCGGCGACGAGUGGCGCGAUCCGUCGUCGUUCGGCCACGGCGUCGGCGUAGCCUACGUCGGGAAUGCGUUUGGCCGGGUCGAUCUUCUCGAGGUUGGCGUCACCGCGGGCGCGCUCGCGUCGCGAACAGAGCGCGAGCUGCACGCUCACGCGAGUCUAGCCGCGCAUCUCGGGGCUUUGAUGGCGACGGCGUGGCCCGCGCACGCGGCAGCGCGCGCGCACCUCGAGGACGCGAAAUCUAGUUUCGAAUCCGACGCGGGGACGACGACUAACGCUCGGUUCCGCGCGAUGCUCGGCGUGGACGCGAACGACCUUCGACGGACCUCCGCAGACCCCGCGAGCGAGCUCGUCCUCGCGUUCGAGCACCUCGCCGCGAGCGAAGACGGCGCCUUGGGUCUUUCAUCGCCGCGGACGACCGCGAGGAAGGACACGUUCGGAGGGUUAAAAACGUCGUACGCGCGCGGGGACGAGGGCGAAGGCACGCUUCACUCGGCGCUUUCGCGUUUGAUGCCUGACUUUGCAGAGGGCGUCGACGAGGCGAGACGCGCGGCGCCUGACGUAUUCGCGGCGUGCAUGCCGUCGCCGGACGCGCCGUUGCGCGCGGCGGCGGCGGCGCUCGGCGCGAAGGGCGAGGAACCGCUCGCGGUGGCGGCGCGUCACGUCGACGCCGCGGACGCGGUCGCCGCGCGCCUCGGCGCGACGCGCGCUCGCCUCGAGUCUCUCCACACGGAAGAACCGGAGGCGGCUCGAGCGGCCGUCGACGCCGCGCUCGGCGCGGCGAGAGACCCGUGCGCGGUCGCGGGCACGAUCGCGGCGCUGCACUGCGGCGCGCUCAAGGCGGGGAUCACGCGUUGGGGCGAGACGAUGACCGGGUGCGCGCACGCGCUCGACGUUCUCGCGUCGCCGAAGUGCGCCGCCGGCGUCGACGACGCGGACGCGAGAGAUUACUUCCCAGGUUCCACUGCGAACAACGCGCACGGUCGCGCGCACAACGGCAUCGACGCGCGCGCGUGCGUCGAGACGGUCGUGAAGCGCGCGAUGCCGUGCCCAGAGCGAUGCGGCGACGCGUUUCUCGACAUGGCGUCCGCGUGCGGCGGGGUCGUUCCUCGCGCGGGACGGUGGCGCCACGACGCGCCCGAAGCGGACGCGGCGAAGUGCUCUGUUGCGGUGUCCGCGACGCACGAUUCGUGCCAAACGCACCGCGCUUGCCGAUCCAUCGUCGAGGCUGUGCCUUUGAUUGAUUCCGUGUACCUUUCCACGCGAC